AUAUAACUAACUUAUUCAUCUACUCCCUCCUUCCCUCUCAACUAACACUCUCACCCACUCUGUGAAACCCUAACAUGCCCUUUGCUGCUUCUUCUUCUUCUUCUUCUUCUUCUUCUUCCCUCUCCCUCCAAACCCCAACUCCCACAAAUGCUGACGCAACCCACAAACUGCAUCAAACCCACCUCCAACAUCCUCUUCUCUUCCAACUCUAUCCCCAAGACUUUCUCAGGAUUACAUCCACGCCUUCCCCUGCAUCCCAGAACCCUCUCAUUCAAACUCCACUGCUCACAGUAUCCAAACCCAACUCCAUCCUCAUCUUCUUCUUCUCCAUUCCAACCCCUAAUCUCAAUCCUCCAGGUCAUACCGGACUGGGCCGACGAAAUCAAAGAGCGUGGCUUUAGACAGGACAGAACACUCUAUGACCAUGAGAAAUGGGUUCACCACAGAAGCUCCUACCGCCACCUCCGCCACUUCCUCACCAGCCUUUCCUCGAGGGUGAUUUUGUCUUUAAUCCCUCCGGUGAUUGCUUUCACCUUGGUGGCGGUGGUGAUUGCCAGCUACAAUACAGCAGUUGCAUUGGAGUGGCUUCCGGAAUUUUUCCCCAUCUUGAGGUCCUCAACUCUGCCGUACCAGCUCACAGCGCCGGCAUUGGCGCUGUUGUUGGUGUUCAGGACAGAGGCUUCUUAUUCGAGGUUUGAAGAAGGGAGGAAGGCUUGGACUAAAGUGAUUGCCGGGGCUAAUGAUUUUGCCAGGCAGAUCAUUUCCGGAGUUGAGAAUCCUGGUGAUGCAGAGCUAAAGAAGGCACUUUUGCAGUAUGUUGUGGCCUUCCCGGUUGCACUCAAGUGUCAUGUCAUUUAUGGCUCAAAUAUGGGACGUGACCUCCAAAAUUUGCUUGAACUAGAUGACCUGCUAGUUGUUUUAAGCUCAAAACAUGGACCUGGCUGCAUUAUUGAGUUCAUCUCCCAGAACAUCCGAAUGCUAAAGUUGGAGGAAUCAAGGAGAAAUAUGUUGGAAUCAAAUAUGUCUUGUUUCCAUGAAGGAAUUGGCAUAUGUGAAAAUCUCAUUGGUACUCCCAUUCCUCUCUCUUAUACACGCUUGACUUCAAGGUUUCUAGUCCUCUGGCAUCUCACUCUCCCUAUCAUACUUUGGGAUGACUGCCACUGGAUUGUGGUACCUGCUACCUUUAUUAGCGCUGCUUCAUUGUUCUGCAUUGAGGAAGUCGGUGUUCUCAUUGAAGAGCCAUUUCCAAUGCUUGCCCUUGAUGACCUUUGCAAAUCUGUUCAAGAGAACGUACAGGAGGCUCUUGCAAGAGAAAAACUAAUUCAAGCACGGCUUACUGCAAAAGGAAGGACCCAAACCAAGAAGCAGCACUCGACAAAUGGUCAGCCGAAAUCCUAGUUAGAUGAGAAACUUCACCAGAAUGAUCUUCUCCACAUCAUUAUACAGCCGCCUAUACUUCCACGAGUCUGCAGAAUGACAAGUUUAUUGCAGUUUCUGUCAUCUAGAGGAUGCAUUACAAUCGAGCCACAGGAUAUAAGUGUGUAAAUAUGAAUUAGACUAUCAUCAAGGAAUACUCUAGUCUUGCCUUGUCUGUUUAAACAGAGGAAUACGUUUCAUAAAUGUAUAUGUUUAUAAUUUUGAUUUUGUUUUCAAGUAGAUAA